AUGACAGCUGACGGAGAAAAGGCCAAUGUGCUGCUAAUUGGGUCUGGAGGUGUAGGAACGAUUGUUGCUUACGGAAUCGACUAUGUCGGGAAAAGCCGUCUCGACCUGGUGGUCAGAAGAGACUAUGAGACAGUGAAGGAGAGUGGAUACGACAUUGACUCGUGCGACUACGGGGAGAUUACGGGCUGGAAACCGGAUAAUAUCUUUCCCAGCGUGGAAGAUGCAGGUCAAGCAGCGGUGUCAGAUGGGUUCAAGUAUGAUUUCAUAGUGAUUUGUACGAAAAACUUGCCAGACGUGUUGAAGCUAGAGGAUUUGAUUGAGCCUGUGGUGGUGCCUGGGUACACGACGAUUGUGUUGAUGCAGAACGGGUUCGAUUUGGCCAGGCCAUUCUUUCAGAAAUACCCGGAAAACGUCGUUGUGUCUGGGGUGUCACACAUUGGCUCGCACAACCACAACGGUAAAGUGAAGCAGACGCAGCAGGACCGGACAUACAUUGCGUAUUUCGAGAAUCCGAACCUGUCAGCUGAGGUUCAGGAGAGCAGGACCAAGGGGUUCAUCGCUAUCUACUCGAACGAUAAGAAUAGCUGCAAGUACUAUCCAAGCGCAAAGGAAACGAGGUACAUGAAGCUGGUGUACAAUGCGACGAUGAACACCGUUUGUUCGUUGACUGGCGUUGACACGGGUCGUCUAGAGCUGUGCGGUGGGUUGGAAGCGAUCUCGAUUCCGGCGAUGCGGGAGGUGGUUGCUGUAGCGAAGGCCGAUGGGGUAGACCUGCCUGCGGAUUGCAUCUCGAAUGCGAUCCAUUCAGAUGACGGCGAUUGGUUCACGCCCUCGAUGGCUGUGGACGUUGCCAAGGGGAACCCAAUUGAGCUCGAGGUGAUUCUGGGCAAUCUGCUGACGGUGGCCCGCGAGUUGAAAGUGGAAACCCCAACGUUGAGCUUAUUGUACGAGUUGUUGAAGGUGGUCCAGUUCCGCUUGAAGGAGAAACAGGGGCUGGUCACCUUGCCGGAGAAGAGACCAAUCCACGAUAAGUUCUGGUCCUGA